AUGGAAUUAGUCACUAAUCGAACAGAUGGAGCUGGAAUAAAUGAAGAGGGUGAUGCAUUAGGGUUUGAUGAUGUUGACUUCUUUUUUGAUUUUAAGCUGAAUAAUGAGGACCUCAGUUUGUUCUUUGAUAAUGUCGAUGACGUUCGAAUUUCUCCAGUGGAGACUUUGGGAGAAACAACUGUUUCACCAACCCAACCAACUCAUGUGGAUAGUCAAGUACUGAAUGAUGGGCCCAAUAUUGUUCGUUCUUCCUUUGAAGCUAUGAGCUCUUCAGCUCCUCGUGGCUCUUUAACUCUUCAACAUGCGCACGAUGAAUCCUCUGAAUGGCUUGACAAAUUUUUAGCUCGAGAAGGUGUUGAUCCUGCACAUAGGGGCAAAGAAAUAUCAAUUGGUGCUGGGAGCCCUGACAAAGAAGAGUUAAUGAUUUUUAAACUCAAGGAGGAGAUGGGAGUCUUAAAUCAAAAGCUCAUUGAAAGAGAUGUUUUGAUUGGAACUCUAGACAUUAGAGUUUCCAAGCUCGAGAAGAAAAUGCCAAAAUUCAAAACAUCGAAUAAGUUGAUAACUGAAUUUGGAGACAAAUUCAAAAAAACAUCGGUCAGUGAACCCAAUGAAGUUGGGGCUUGCCAUUGUGCCCCUGCCCAAGUAACUCAAGUUCCUCAAGAUGCUUCUGAACUUGUCAGAACGACCCAUGUUGUUGAUCAUUUGGAAACUGAACCUGCUCAAAUUAUUCCAAGAGUAACUUUGAUGCAAGCUCAGAAUCAAGUCUCUACACAAAGAAAGGAAAAUAUGCUCUUCAUGAAAAAUUCUUAUAAAAAUGUUCGUGGAGAGCAGCCCCAACUGAGUGUGACCGAGCUUGGGAAUAAGCGGUUCAAGGAUGGUUCUCUGCACAAUAUGGAAUAUUGGGCUUAUGAUGAGGCUACAGCCACCGCAGUCAUGAAAUUCCAUCAAGGUGUUUUCCAUCGUGUUGAAGCAAUGCAUCUUCUGAAGUUUGGAGAGCACGACAUCCGUACUCUAGCAGAACAUUAG